GACUGUGCGGAUCCCAUCUGAGCGCACAAAAGGCGGCUGCAACUUUCUCACGGGGAGUUAGUGAGUGCAAUCUGUUCGGUGUAGACAGGCGGAAUGCCCUCAGCUGUCAGGGAGAUGGUUAUUGACGGUCCCCGACUUUUAGGGCUGAAACCCCCGGCUUGUUUUGGUACGGAAAACCUUGUCCCACCGUGUUUUAAUGGCUCUCCGCCGAGGGACACGUUUAACAGCUUUUACCACACUAAAAGGGUUGGAAAUUAUCUGAUCGGGAGGAAACUUGGAGAAGGCUCGUUCGCCAAAGUACGGGAAGGUCUGCAUGCGAUGACUGGCGAAAAGGUGGCUGUGAAGGUGAUUGACAAGCGGAAGGCAAAGAAGGACUCCUACGUGACGAAGAACCUGCGUCGUGAGGGGCAGAUCCAGCAGAUGAUCCGUCACCCCAACAUCACCCAGCUGCUGGACAUCCUGGAGACGGAGAACAGCUACUACCUGGUGUUGGAGCUGUGUCCCGGGGGCAACCUCAUGAACCACAUCUACGAGAAGAAGCGCUUGGAGGAGGGGGAGGCUCAGAAGUAUGUCCGGCAGCUGGUUAUAGCGGUGGAGCACCUGCAUCGCGCUGGGGUUGUUCACAGGGACCUGAAGAUAGAAAACCUUCUGCUGGAUGAAAAUGAUAACAUAAAGCUGAUAGACUUUGGGCUCAGCAAUUGCGCUGGGAUUUUGGGAUACUCCGACCCGUUUAGUACCCAGUGUGGCAGUCCGGCUUACGCUGCCCCAGAACUCCUGUCCAGAAAGAAGUAUGGAUCCAAAGUUGAUGUCUGGUCUGUAGGAGUGAACAUGUAUGCUAUGCUGACGGGCAUGCUGCCAUUCACUGUGGAGCCCUUCAGUCUCAGAUCGCUGCACGAGAAGAUGGUGAACAAGGAGAUGAACCCCCUGCCCCCUCACCUCUCCUCUGCUGCUGUCAGCCUACUACAGAAACUUCUGGAGCCUGAUCCAGUAAAGAGGCCCAAUAUCCACCAGGUGAUGUCUGACCCAUGGCUGCAGCAGGGACAGCCACAGUCUGGGUCCACCACCUACCUGAAUAGGAUCCACAUUGACGAGAUAAACCACGUGGUGGUCCUGCACAUGACGGAGAAGAUGGGCUUCAGGUACAGCGAGGUGCUGAACACUGUGCUGGCCAACAGGGCCAGCCACAUCCUUGCUGUCUACUUCCUGCUCAAUAAGAAGAUGGAGAGGGUCUACAGGGUGUAUGAGAAUAAUCUGUCACUGGAAAAAGAGAAGAAUGAGCAGCCUCAGCCGCGCUGGCCGAAACAAGCAGAAAGACUCACCAUCCCGCCAAAACAGACACCUCUGUACCUGGCCGUGAGCAAGAACCCGGGCAAGGACAAGAAACAGAAAACAGGUCUGUUCCACUCUGCCAACAGUAGCAGGGACUCACAGCUGGGCCCAGGAGGGAGUGUGGCCUCCUCUUCCCUGGAGUAUCUGGAGAUCCAGCCCUUGUUCCCCCGCACGCCUCAGCCAAUCAGGCGCCUAGAAAUACAGGCACUGGAGAGUGUCGGUCCAGGCCUGGGCGGGCUGGAGGUGCCCACCUCCUCCGUUGCCAUGGCGCACUCCUGGGAUUCCGGCAUCCAGGAGCUGGGUCACACGCAGACGCCGCCAUGGCACAGGCUCACCAGCAGCCCGCUCGGCCCUUUCCCGCCGCCUCAGAACGCCUGCCUGAAGAAGGCCACCAUCCCCUGCCCCCCGGCCGUCAUCCGGACUCUCGAACACAGAAACCCCGCGAUGCAGGACUGGGGGUGUCUGGACUCCAUUAGCGGCCAGCCCAGCUCUGCCAUCCAACACGGGAGCCCGCAGCACCGCGGCAGGUUCCCCACCAUGGGCAUCGGUCAGAUCCUCAAGAGGAACAGCCCCCCUCUAAACUACAGGCUGGAAGCACGCCUGGAACCACAGCCGUCCAUCGCUCUGUCCCCCUACCACAUGCAGACGCUGCUCUGUGCAUCAGGGGCCCUCAAGACCCUUUGCUGA